AUGUCGGAGAUGGAGAUGAUGGAGCCGACGGAGGUCCUGGGAAGUGCCCGCAAGGAUAGCUUGAGGGUUCGGCAGGAAUUAUUGGAAGAAUAUGAACAAGUUAAAAGCAUCGUCAGCACUUUGGAGAGCUUUAAGAUCGACAAGCCCCCGGACUUCCCCGUGUCCUGCCAGGAUGAGCCGUUCCGGGACCCUGCGGUCUGGCCGCCUCCCGUGCCCGCGGAACACAGAGCCCCGCCUCAGAUACGGCGUCCCAAUCGGGAAGUGAGACCUCUGAGGAAAGAGAUGCCAGCGGCUGGAGCCCGGGGCCCUGCAGGCCGAGCACACCCCACAGCGAGGAGCGACAAGCCCGCCAGCGGCAGGGACAAGGAGUGCAGAGCGCGUGCGAGGGAUGACAAGGGAAGGAAGAAUGGGCAAGAUGGUGGCAGCGAAGGCGAAAUCCCCAAAUUCGACGGUGCCGGGUACGACAAGGACUUGGUGGAGGCCCUUGAGAGAGACAUCGUGUCCAGGAACCCUGGCAUUCACUGGGACGACAUAGCAGACCUGGAGGAAGCGAAGAAGCUGCUGAGGGAAGCUGUCGUCCUCCCAAUGUGGAUGCCCGACUUUUUCAAAGGGAUUCGAAGGCCGUGGAAGGGCGUGCUGAUGGUCGGACCCCCUGGCACUGGUAAGACCAUGCUCGCUAAAGCCGUCGCCACCGAAUGUGGCACAACCUUCUUCAACGUCUCCUCGUCCACGCUGACGUCUAAGUACAGAGGAGAAUCUGAGAAGUUAGUCCGUCUGCUGUUUGAAAUGGCUAGGUUCUACGCGCCCACCACGAUCUUCAUCGACGAGAUCGACUCCAUCUGCAGUCGCCGGGGCACCUCUGACGAGCACGAGGCCAGCCGCAGAGUCAAGUCCGAGCUGCUCGUCCAGAUGGAUGGAGUUGGAGGCGCGUUGGAGAGCGACGACCCUUCCAAGAUGGUCAUGGUGUUGGCCGCGACCAACUUCCCGUGGGACAUCGACGAAGCCCUGCGAAGGAGAUUGGAGAAAAGGAUUUACAUUCCUCUCCCAACAGCAGAAGGAAGGGCCGAGCUCCUACGGAUCAGCCUCCGCGAGGUCGAGUUGGACCCCGACAUUCAGCUGGCGCACAUCGCGGCGAAGAUCGAGGGCUACUCUGGCGCCGACAUAACCAACGUCUGCAGGGACGCGGCCUUAAUGGCCAUGCGACGGCGCAUCAGCGGCCUGAGCCCCGAGGAGAUCCGCGCGCUGUCUAGGGAGGAGCUGCAGAUGCCGGUGACCAGCGGUGACUUCGAGCUGGCCCUGAAGAAAAUCGCCAAGUCCGUCUCCGCCGCAGACCUGGAGAAGUAUGAGAAGUGGAUGGUAGAGUUCGGGUCUGCUUGAAUUUGUCGGCUCUUUCAUUUCUGAUAUUUUUGUUUAUAAAAUGUGAAGAAAUUCCUGCAGUUAAAAAAAAAAAACAGGUUUGGAACUUUUCAUUGGAUUUUCACUUAUGGGAAAGCCAUCUAAAACCAGAGUAUAAAUGUGGUCGAAAAAUAAGAGAAGCUGACAGCCCAGCGGGCCUGUCUCCCGGCCACGUGCCCGGCCGCCCACGGGUGCACUGCCACCACGCACCCAAACCGGGGUGAGGGCGCAAGGCCCGGUCGCGACGCCGGCGGGAGCUCGCUCACGAAGGAUCGGAGGACCGCUUCUCACGGCAGGGGUUGUCUGUGUGUGUUUCUAGUCUUUGCUCUGAACGUGAGGGACCUGGCACGUGUUGACUUUAAACGUCAAAGCUGAGUUUGUGUCAGAUUCAUUAUUUGUCGUUAAGAAGAGUAGUUUUGCGUGAAACCGUGCACGUGUGAGGUAAGCCUCUGGAACCCAGCUGUCACUGUCAGACCGUGUCCUGGUCGGAACGCCUGCCGCCACCCCCACUCCUUCUGCAGCCGUUUCGUCAUUUACCGAGCACGGAGCGGGGAGCAGCCUCAUUUUGCCAGGUCGUUUCUCUGGCCUUUAGUAUUUUUUGCCUGUAGUUCUCAAUUUCAUAUUGAAAGGGAGUGGGGAAAGAGCAUUAUGACUGCAUAAGACGCAUGUCUUCAUUCCAGACUUUUAAAUUUGUUUUCACUUUUCUUUUAAUACGGUCAAACAGAUAAAGCCUUCGUUUUUUUCAGCUCCAGCA